UAUAUUGUUGUUAUGUAAUAUAUUUCAAAAUAAAUGGAAUAAGAUAAUGUUUUGUAAAGAGCUUUUGUGGAAAACGGUAGAUCAUGAUUGAUUUUGCUGAGGAAAAAAAUUUUUGAUGACCAUUAUCAUUUUUCAACUGUUUUUCAGUAGAAUUCUAAUGGUUGGCGUUGUGUCAGUAUUGUGCGUACCAGAGACGUAAAUCAUUUUGUGCUAAGUUCUUUGUGUUUAGGACAAAAUUGGUUGAACAAACGGUUUUUGUGUCCGAUGUCUAGUGCUGAAGUGGUUGAAAAUUCCAUUGACCCUCCAGCUAAAAAGCGGAAACUAGCUGCUGGAUUUACAAAGAUUCAGGAGGCAGUUGCAGACAUGGCGCAGAAUGGAACUCCAAGCACCAGUCAAGACAUCGACGAUGGGCUGUAUUCCAGACAGCUUUAUGUGAUUGGCGUUGAUGCUAUGCGUCGAAUGGCCUGUUCUGACGUACUAAUUUCUGGCCUCGGUGGUUUGGGAGUUGAAAUCGCCAAAAAUAUUAUUUUGGGUGGAGUUAAGUCUGUGACUCUACAUGAUGAAAAGCAGUGUAGUAUUUUGGACUUGUCAUCUCAGUUUUACCUGUCUGAAAGGGACAUUGGGAAAAAUCGUGCAGAAGCUUGUUUGGAACAACUCUCGGAGUUGAAUAUGUAUGUACCAACCAAAAUUCAUACUGGUCCUUUGACAGAGGACAUUAUUAAAGAAUUUAAAGUUGUAGUUCUUACUAGUUGUUCUCUUGAAGAACAGUUCAGAGUUAGCGAACUUACUCGUGCCAAUAAUGUGGCUCUUAUUAUUGCAGAUAGCAGAGGUCUUUUCUCUCAGAUAUUUUGUGACUUUGGUGAAAGUUUCUCUGUUCUUGAUGUCAAUGGGGAAAAUCCAGUUUCGGCAAUGAUUGCUAACAUUUCGCGAGAUAAAGAUGGUGUUGUUACGUGUCUGGAUGACACACGGCAUGGACUUGAAGAUGGAGACUAUGUUACAUUUUCUGAAGUGCAGGGAAUGACUGAACUAAAUGGUUGUGAACCAAAAAAAAUUUCUAUUUUGGGACCGUAUACAUUCAGUAUUGGAGACACAAGUGGAUACAGCGAAUAUGUUCGAGGUGGUAUGGUCACACAAGUAAAGAUGCCAAAAAUUUUGAGUUUCAAAUGUUUGAAAGAAUCUCUGAAAGAGCCAGAAUUUUUGAUUACAGACUUUGCCAAAUUUGAUCGACCACCUCAGAUCCAUUUGGCGUUUAUUGCACUUCAUAAAUAUGUGGAGCAGUAUGGAGACCUUCCAAAGCCGUGGAACAGUGAAGAUGCUGAAAAAUUUGUGGCCCUUGCAAAAGUCUCCACUGUUGAUGGUGGUACUGACUCUGAAGUAAACGCAGACAUUCUGGAAAUCUUUGCCAUGAUUUCACGUGGAGAUCUAUCACCUAUGAAUUCUUUUACAGGUGGGGUUGUGGCACAGGAAGUGAUGAAGGCAUGUUGUGGCAAAUUCAGCCCUAUUUUUCAGUGGAUGUACUUUGAUGCAUUGGAAUGUCUUCCCCCUGACUUUAAGAAAGUGGCUGAAAAGGAUUGUCAGAUGCAAGGGACAAGAUACGAUUCCCAGGUAGCAGUUUUUGGAACUGAAUUUCAAAAGCGUCUUGGGAAAUUAAAGUAUUUUAUUGUUGGAGCUGGAGCAAUUGGCUGCGAGCUGUUAAAAAACUUUGCUAUGAUGGGAGUUGGUGCAGGAGAAGGUGGUAAGAUAAUAGUUACCGACAUGGAUCUUAUUGAGAAAUCAAAUUUGAACCGUCAGUUCCUUUUUCGACACAGCGACAUUCAGCGUCCCAAGUCUCAGGUUGCAGCAAAGGUGGUGCGUAGGAUGAAUCCUGAGGUGAAUGUAGAAGCCCAUGAAAACCGUGUUGGUCCAGAGACAGAGAAUGUCUAUGAUGAUAAAUUUUUUGAGGUUCUCGAUGGAGUGGCAAAUGCAUUGGACAAUGUAAAUGCUAGAAUUUACAUGGAUCGUCGCUGCGUAUACUAUCGCAAGCCUCUUCUGGAAUCUGGAACUCUGGGCACCAAAGGAAAUACUCAGGUUGUUGUACCAUUUUUAACAGAGUCGUACAGCUCAUCCCAAGAUCCGCCUGAGAAGAGUAUUCCCAUAUGCACACUCAAGAACUUUCCAAAUGCCAUUGAGCACACAUUGCAAUGGGCUCGUGAUAGUUUUGAAGGACUGUUCAAGCAAGCAGCAGAAAAUGCUAAGCAGUACAUAGCUGAUCCACUAUUUGUGGAGCGUACAUUGAAAUUGCCUGGUGUGCAACCUUUGGAGGUGUUAGAAUCUGUGAAACAAGCACUGGUUGACAAUCGUCCAUAUUCAUUUGAGGAUUGUAUCACGUGGGCCAGAUGCCAUUGGCAGGAACAAUUUAAUGACCAGAUACGUCAGUUAUUAUUCAAUUUUCCCCCAGAUCAGCUGACAUCCAGCAACCAACCAUUUUGGUCAGGGCCAAAGAGGUGCCCCAAGCCUCUUGUAUUCGACUCCAAGAACAGCCUUCACUUGGACUACGUACUGGCAGCUGCUAAUCUUAAAGCAGAAGUGUACGGCAUUCCACAGAACCGUGAUCGUGAUUACAUCGAUCAAUUUGUGCAAACUAUCGAGGUUCCGGAGUUUGUCCCGAAAUCAGGUGUCAAAAUUGCAGAGACUGAUACUCAACUUCAAGUGGCCAAUGGUACUGGAAACUUAGAUCACGACAGAUUAAAUCAACUCUUGAAAGACUUGCCACCACGUAAAGAACUUGGUAAUCUGCGUAUCACUCCGCUAGAAUUCGAAAAAGAUGACGACUCAAAUCUUCACAUAGACUUCAUAGCGGCAUCAUCGAAUCUACGUGCCACCAACUACGGCAUUCAACCAGCAGACCGCCACAAAAGCAAGCAGAUAGCAGGCAAGAUCAUCCCUGCUAUUGCCACCACCACCUCUGUGGUUGCUGGGCUUGUAUGCUUGGAACUGUACAAGUUUGCCCAGGGCUUUAACACCUUAGAGCCAUUUAAAAAUGGUUUUGUCAAUUUGGCACUUCCAUUUUUUGGCUUCUCCGAGCCAGUUGCAGCUGCCAAGCUGAAAUACUACGACAAGGAGUGGACUCUGUGGGACCGGUUUGAGGUGGAAGGAGAGUUGACGCUGCGGCAGUUUCUGGACUACUUCAAGAACGAGCACAACCUGGAGAUUACGAUGCUGUCACAGGGGGUGUGCAUGUUGUACUCGUUCUUCAUGGCCCAGGCCAAGUGCCUGGAGCGCAUGAGCCUGCCCAUGUCGGAGGUGGUGAAGAAGGUCUCCAAGAAGAAACUUGAGCCCCACGUGAAGGCACUGGUGUUCGAGCUGUGCUGCAACGAUGAUGAGGGUAAUGAUGUUGAGGUACCGUAUGUGCGCUACACUCUCCCCAACUAACACAGCACUGAUUUUCACGUUUCUGGUUUCGCUUGGUUGUUCCUUAAUGUGUGUUUAUUUUUGUACAAGUAAGAUUUUUGAAGUGAUGUAGCCUGUGUUGCUUGAAGGAUUUGCCGGGGGAUUGAUUGCAGAACACACAUUUUUAAUUUUCGGCCCAACUGAUUUUCCCUAAAUUAAUUAUAUAAUGAUGUUACAACUACCUGAAAAACUUUUGCCUAAAUUAAUUUAAAACGUUGUGUUAAAUUGUAUGCAUUUAAAUUAAAAACAUAAUUUAUUUUAUCUGAAAUAUAAUGGCUUCGGAAAUAAUUUUCUGUAGCAUAAACCCAAACUUCAUCAUAUUGAGUAAAUAUUUCAGAAAAUAAUUGGUAGUUUUUAGGUUUAUUUUUUUUCUUCAGUUUUUGUCUGCUUUACUUUGAGAAUCAUGUUAAUACAAGAGUGUAAUUUUAUAAUGUGAAAAACUUACUGUUUGCCAUUGUGCUCUGUUCGUCCUUGAUUUGAGGAAGUUAGGUUUGUAAGCUGUAUUUAGUAUUUUAGAUAAUUUUUGUGUAGCAGAAAUUGUGAUGCCAGUAACAAUGCAUAUGAGGUGAGAGAUUAUUGUGCAUAAAAGUGGACUGAGGUUUGGCAUAUUCAUAGUGUAAAUACCAUUCUAAUAUGUGUGCGUAGUUAGUGCUGGGGCCAUUGUGAUAAACGCAGGCACCUGCUAUGUUGCAACACAUUUGGCCAAGGAAGAAGCCAGCAGAUACACAUUUGAUGUACAUUAUCAAUUUUUGUAAGUUUUAAACUGACACAAUAGCUCACAUGUAUGUAACUUAAUUACUAUUAAAAUUUUCAAAAUUCA